AUACUAGCGCUAUGCAUGCUGGGCACUGUAGCCGCGUACACCGGGCCCGAUCUACCACCGGGCCCAUUCUGUGGCAAGACUGGCGAAUGCUGUCGCGAUCGGAGGGACUCUUGCGCGCAUAGGAUACUUGACACGUUAUGCUACUGCGACGAAUUCUGCGACUUCAACCGUGCGCACGACGACUGCUGUCCCGACUAUCUGCCCGUCUGUCGCAACCAGACGGUAGACCCUGGCUUCAUCCUGCAGCCGUGCCGGCAUCGAGGGCAGUUGUACAUGCCCGGGCAGAAGCGAGAAGAUAACUGCAACACCUGCGAAUGUGUGCACGACGAAAGAACGAAGAAGACGGAAUGGUCGUGUGAGCAAGACACCUGCCUUAUGAGCGAAGAUGUGGUGUAUGGCGUCAACCAACCAGGUCUGGGAUGGCGCGCGUAUAGCUACCCGCAGUUCCAGGGGAAGAAACUUAAGGAUGGACUAAGUUACAAGCUAGGAACACUGCCCCUAAGCGCCGAGACACAGCGGAUGCUGCCCAUCGAGUACGAAUCAGACACACCAAUGCCCGACAGCUUCGACGCUAGACAACGUUGGCCGGGCUACAUCACUCCUAUUGUGGACCAGGGCUGGUGUGGAUCUGACUGGGCUGUGUCUAUUGCAUCCAUCGCUUCUGACCGAUUUGGCAUAAUGUCCAACGGCGCAGAGAGCCUGGUCCUGUCUCCACAGACGCUCCUAUCCUGCAAUCGGAGACACCAGCGAGGCUGUGCUGGAGGCAAUGUCGAUGUAGCUUGGAACUUCGCGGGCGAACACGGAUUAGUGGAAGAGAAAUGCUUCCCCUACACGGCUAAGGCCGAGAGAUGUCCGUACCAGCCGCACGGAGACCUGAUCCAGGAUGGCUGCCGGCCAAAGGACCCUCGACGCACUUCGCGGUACAAGGUGGGGCCGCCGUACCGUCUCCUUAAAGAAGAAGAUAUCAUGUAUGAUAUCAGGGAGUCCGGCCCUGUUCAAGCCGUGAUGACGGUGUACCAGGACUUCUUCCACUACCGUGACGGCAUCUACCGUCGCAGCAGACAUGGAGACAGCAAGCUUCAGGGGCUCCACAGCGUCAGAAUUGUGGGCUGGGGCGAAGACCGCCAAGAGAAGUUCUGGAUCGUAGCCAACAGCUGGGGUACAGAAUGGGGUGAGAACGGCUACUUCCGCAUCGCACGGGGCUCGAACGAGUCCGGAAUCGAGUCGUUCGUCGUGUCCGCGUUCAGUGACGUCACGUCCGCUUUCCUCCGGUCCUCCGGCCGACGCACAUAACAGAGGGGACAACUUAUUGUACCGAUGUGCAGAUACCACAAGAAACACGGGAUCAUGUGGUAUUUUAAGAAGUACGGUUAGGUUUUGAUCUGUUAUAUUUUUUUUUAUCCAGCCAUAGUACCUAAGUUUGAAUUCUGCUAGCUACCCACUCGUAGAAUUAUGUAAAUUCUUUUUUUUUAAAUGUUGAUAGCGAGUAUAUUAUUUAUUAUCAUUGGGACUCUCAAGACUUUAAGUAUUUCAAUAGUACUUUUACCGACAUGUUUGCAUUUUUUCCUAUAAUUGUUGUCUAAAGAAGUUUUUUUUUUCGGAUUAAAAACAAGUGUAGUUACAAGAUAUAGUGACAUUACUGACUACUGGUAUACUGGGGUUACUUUUUGAUUCAUGAGUUAACAUUGAUCAUCGAUGUAUGGGGAGUAGUAGUUUUGAACGCUAUUUAA